AUGGGAGGCAUUAACCUCCACAGAUUGGAGCGUCUUAUUGACAAUGAAGAGUCAUCUGAGGAAGCUUUGCCAGUACCAAUCAGGCCUGUUGCCUCUUUUGCCAAAGAAGAUUGUGAGCCAGUCAUCGACAACGACUCAGGCUCAGACACCAAGGUCCCAACUGAGGUCCCGGCUGAGGGGAGUGAGUCAUCCACUUCGUCCCUUGGAUCCCCCGUUCUCGAUGAAUCCAGGUUCGCCAAGAUCGAUGGAGAGAUUGACGAGAUCUUGGGCCGUCCAAUCAAAUGGGGCAUUAUGACUCAGUUGCCGGACAAAGAAGAGAGUACGGAGGACACCACUACUGACAACACCACUACUGACAACACCGAUGAAGACAGUGCCGAGGAAGAGGAUACGGCUACCGAAAACACCACUACCGAUAACACCGAGGAAGAAACUGUGGAGGAAGAAACUGUCGAGGAAGAAACUGUCGAGGAAGGAACUGCCGAAGAAGCAACCAUCCAGGGAGACAGUACGGACGAAAAUUCAACUGCGAAGGAAGACGCAACUAACACUGAAGACGAAGAGAGUCCCAAGAAGAAGCAGAAGACGUCAGAGAGUGAAGACGAAGCAAACAUCCAUGGAGAUAAUGACAGUGACAAUGAUGGAAAUGGCGAGGGAAACAGCUAUAAUGAAACGAACGGACCCAUUCUUCUCUCCACUGGCAGCUGGUCCUAUUAA